AUGGAUGACAGAUGCUGUACGGUCCCGAAGCAUGCUGGCUACAGUGUGCUCCCGAACACUGUAGGGCCCGGUUUCCCUACAUCUUACACAGGGGCCCGUGGCUACCUCCUUUCCGACGUGCUAGCUCUGCGACACACCGUCCUUGAUACCCUCGAUCGAGCGAUAUGCCAUGCCCUGGAGAGGAAAGACGAGGUGUACAUUGCGAUCGUAGCAGCGGGUGGAUACGAAUACACCGUGGCCAUUUUGGCGAUACUGGCGCUUGGAGCCGCAGCCGUGCCUGUUGAAGGAGCGUCAUACUUCAUCGAAAAGUCUCAAGCAGCUCUCGUCCUCAGCAGCUCUGUAGAUAUGAGUAAAUGUCUGGACUUGGAACGGCGCGUUGUGGCUACGAGCGGCAGGAGUUUUCGUGCUGUGCCAAUCAGACACUCGAUUCCAGCUUCAGCUCUCGUCAUCUUCACUAGUGGGACCACCGGCCCACCAAAGGGUGCAGUGAUGCAGAGGUCGUACACUUUCAACUGCGCGCUGGAAAUAGCGGACUACUACCAACUGACGGGCGAUGAUGUCCUGCUCCAUGUCCUUCCGGUACACCAUGUAACGGGUGUCGGCAUAAACUUCUUUCCGUUCCUCAUAUCUGGCAGCCGUAUUGAGUUUCGCAGUGGAGGCUUUGACGAGAUCUGGACGUGGGAGCAAUGGAAGCAGGGUGGCCUGGAUCCACGGCGGCGGCUAACCUUUUUCUUGGGCGUUCCAACCAUCUAUAUGCGACUAAGACGCUAUUAUCAGCGUACUCUCAGUAAACUACCUGCUGGUGACUUGGCAGAGUACAUUGCUAGCGCGAAACAAUUCCGGGCAUGCUUGUGCGGGACGUCAGCGCUACCUCGACCACUCGAUGACUUUUGGUCGGAUCUCAUGGAUAAAAGAAUUUUCCAAAGGCAUGAUGAGGAUGGAUACUUCAAAACCGAUGACAUUGCGCGAAAAGAUAGGAUUUACUACUUCAUCGUUGGCCGAGCAUCUCUGGAUAUCAUCAAAUCGGGAGGCUACAAAAUUUCUGCUCUGGAUAUUGAGCGAGAACUGCUAGGGUUGUCGUACAUCGCCGAGGCCAUGGUUGUCGGCGUCGCGGACGAGGAGUAUGGGCAACGGGUGGCGGCCCUGGUUUCGUUGCAUGAAGAAGUUUCAGCCCCCGGAUCUCGAGACAGAGGUGUGCGCUUGGUACAUACCUUGUCCAUUGAGAAGUUGCGGUCGGAUUUACGUGAGAAAUUGGCGGGAUACAAGCUACCAACGCUUCUGCGCAUUGCGCGUGGUGAACUUCCGAAAACUGCCACAGGAAAGGUGCAGAAGAGGAUUCUUGGGCCUCGUUUCUUUCCGCUGUUCCAUAGUCAGGAGGCACGGCUGCGCUAG